AUGUUAGAAAAAUUAUCCGAUCAGCUGUCAAAAUUAAUAAACAUUCCUUUUUCUAAUUGUUUGAAUGCAUUUCAAGUUUCAGAAUCAAUGUUGGAAGAUUAUGUGAUAGAACUAGCAUAUUAUUGUUCAGUUGAUACAUUAUGUUUACAUAAAUUGAACUUAAAGCGAAACAUAAUCAGUGAUUAUGUACAAAGAGCCAGAAUCGCAUAUGUAACAAUAUCUAAAUGUUUGAUACGAAAUUUGCUUAGCAGAUAUGCAUCACCUAAAAAGAUUUUAGUAUCAUCACGACGCAAGAGAAUUGUUGAACAAGGAAUGUAUGAUGGAGGUCUAGUCAUUACACCAAUUAAGAACAUUAAAAGACCUGUGGCAGAUGUUGAUUUUACUUCAUAUUACCCCCAUGCUAUUAUACAAAACAACAUAUCUCUUGAAAAACAUGUAUCAAAAGAUUCAACUAAUCCUCAUUUAAAUGUCGUAAUUGACAAUGAUAUUGUUUAUGGUAAAUUUUUACCACAUGACAAUGAUAUAAACAAUAUAGAUAUUAUGGCUCUUAUAUGUAAAGAAUUAUUAGAAAAAUGA